CUAAUAAUUGUAAGAAUCGAAAAUUUUCGACAUAUGUCAGAAGGGCUAGGCGCUUGGAGGCAUAUUCGAAGAGAUUACAAGCUCUGCGGGAAUGGGUUUAUGCAUCGCCGCCUAGUAUUCAAACAAAAACCCCACCCUCCUUUGCGGCCGAUCAUUGAUGCUACGGCAAGAGUCAAUGGCCUUAUUGCAGAUCCUGGGGGUAAGGGCUGGUCCGAUAAAGACAUAUACCCAGCACUCGAAAGUCGUUUGGGCGAUUUUUUAAACUCCAGUAUCAGUGCAAUUGAGAAGAUAACGCAGAUUUUCAACACGUUGAAGGAGGAGCUAACAUACAACAGAGCAUCUGUUCAGGCCAGCGUAGCUUGGGGUAAAGCGAGUAUCUCUGGGGGGAAAAGAGGGGGGGGGGUGUCUGUGGGACAACCCCAAACCCUCCCGAAUCGAGUUCGAAAUAUACCGGGCGAAAUUCGCACCCGGAGGUCUGAAAGAGAAAGAUUGUUCAAGGACUUCCAAAACUACAACGACCGCCUAAGAGUCCCCUUGAAGAAUAGUGAUGAUAUCGGGGCAUUGAAUUUUCUCUUACCAGUGUCGGCUGAGUUUGUGAGGGCGGAAGCAAUCAUGGCAGGAGCCUCUAUAAGGGCAACUCGUCUCUUCGCUGCCAUCGCUAAGUCGUGGCAAUGUCCAUGUCAGCCGCACCACCUUUCGAACUUGUUCCUGGAGAAUCGUACAUUAAACGUGGAUUUUAACCUGAUAUUCCAC